AGUGUCUAUUCGUUUCAAGUGUCUAAAAACAAGACGCAUCUCAUGUCAAACUUGUGCCUAAACUAAGCGUUAGACGCAUACAUUGUCUUGUAAGACACUUGGCAUUUAUUACAGUGUGAUAUGGUCAGACAAAGUUCAUUGAGAAUCAUAUGAUUCCUUCUUAUUUUAUUUUCUUACAGGUGUCACUGCUUUGUGGAAAGCAUAAAAAAUUCACUGUGAGACGAAUAAUAUAAAUAUAAAUGUAAAAAUAUAAAUGGUCUAAUUAUCCUUGAUUGGUUUAUUGUAUUAGCUAACCACUGAUCUAUCACUUAACUUAGGUGUCAUUACUUAUUUUCAUUGAACUAUUUUUUUCAAAAAGCAUUUUCCGAAUCCAAAUAUUAAUUACUAAAUCUUUCUGUACUUUUAUUGAAAUUUAAUUUUAGAAGAUAUUUUUUAUGUCAACUUCUUUUAGCUUCGAUUAUCUGCCGGCAGAUGUAUUAUCUUUGUCCGGUUAUGAUUUUUUUCUACUUAUUAAGACUGUUCUUGGUGAACCAGAAGCUAAUCUACUAAAUAAAAUAUCGAUCAAAUCAACAACAUCCUUAAUUCAAACUGAAGAUCCACUUGAUAUCUUUAAUUAUGAUAUUGAUGAUGAAGAGUUAGAAAAACUAAAAGAGGAACUUUCAUUUAAAUUAAAAAAUAAAAAAUUUAUGCUCAAACCUGGAAUUGAUUUUGAUGAAAAUAUAGAUGUAAAAGCAAGUAUUAAAUGCAAAUGUAAUAAAUUAAUAUCGUUAGGUAAAAAUGAUAAUAAAAUUCAAGUAUCUAAUUAUUAUAAACACUUGCAAUCAAAUGGUUAUGAUCAUAUGAAAAACGUCAAAAAAGUUGCAAGAGAAUUAAAAUCAAGUCAACAGCAGCAACAACCAUCAACACCUAUUACAUUAACACCUUCAUGUCGGUCACAGACACCAUUAAUAGGAGUUGCUGUUGUUUCACCAACUAACACACAAAUAACAGCUCAAGUUGAUUCUUCAGCAUUCCCAAAUCAAGCUGCACAUAACGGCAGUAAACGUCGUUUAAUAUCACAAUCACAACAAUAUCGUUCGACAAAAAGAAGCCGUAUAUAA